UUCUACCUCAUUCCUCAACAAUCUCACCAGCAGCCAACUAUAGCUCACACUAGCGCUCUCCCGAUCGACCGAUCAAUGGCGUCGCUGUCCAUGAGCGCGGCCGGGAGGGCGGGGUGGACACCGAAACAGAACAAGCUGUUCGAGCAAGCGCUGGCAGUGCACGACAGGGACACGCCCGACCGCUGGCACAACGUUGCCCACGCCGUUGGUGGCGGCAAGUCGGCUGAUGACGUGAGGCGCUACUACGAACUGCUCGUCCGCGACGUCGCCAACAUCGAGGCCGGCAAGGUGCCCUUCCCCGCCUACCGUCCCCCCUGCCCCGGCCCCAACGUUGGCUACGAGGCCGACAGGCUGAAGCACUUGAAGAUCUAGCGAGAUAGAUGGUAUAUACAUGGAUAUGAAGCAUGUGCGUGCUGGCCAGCAUGGAUGGGGAUAUCCUAUGAUAUGAUAUGCAUGCAAGUCAUGGCGUGCAUGCAACUGUAUAUGCAAGGCUGCUAGCUGGAAGAAAGAGUCGACGAUGCAUGUUCAUAUGUAUACGUAAUUGUUAUAUUUGACAAUAGUAGCUAGUACAGUACAGAUUAGAUGUUAUAUGACGGUCUGCUUCCUUCUCCUGCGUGUAAUUCGCAGUAUUCCUUAUGUAAAUGUACAUUAUAUCGUCUACAGCAAAAUACAGUACUCCCUCCAUGCGAAAA